AGUAACUGCCGCAACACAUGCUCAGUCAGAGCAUAUCUUCUGCCUGUGAGGAUUGCGUAUAGACCAUCCUGAUAUAUGGACCGCUCUGGGAUACGCCAAUCUGCAACGUUGCGUUCUGCAGGCCUCUGGAAGGAGGCUCUCUGAGGAGCAUACAGAUUUGUCCCCGCCUUUGGCUCAAGACCUUCCGCCACCGUUACGAACGGAUAUCGCUGUAGAAUUUUCAACAGGAUCUAAUUGUGUCAUCAGCAGCUGGUGAAUUAUAGAAAUUCACCAAGCCUAACAAUAGCAUAUAUGAACGACUGAGGGGUCUCGUUUUCGAGAGUCAUACUUCUCAAGGGAGCCCUGCGCUUUUUCCGACUUGUUGCAACAACCUUUCUGCCUCACCACGGUCUCACGACGCUCUCACGGCGCAAACAUGGAUGAAGGUAGACCUGAAAGACAAGAAAGCCCGGUAGUAAAGCCUGAGGCAAUGGAGCAAGAACUCCAGGAUGACGAUCCUACUAUAACGGAGAGGGCCGGGCCAGAAGGUGGAGCAUCUAAUCAGAACACCACGGAAACUACCGACGAGUCGGCCCAACUGAGGGAGCUACUUCAGACGGAUAUACGAGAUCAAGAUGAUCUUGAACGUGAUAUUGGACGCCAGGCCGAUAAGCUGCUCGUUGAGCAAGCAGAUGAACGCGAUAAUAAGAGACUGGAACGGGCCAAGAAUGAGAAAGAGAAACUUGAAGCGCAGGUCGUCAAGUUGCAUCAGCGACUCUCACAACCCGUUGGGACUUCCGCGAGGGUUCGCAUUCGUUCUGAAAUCGAGAAGACGGAAUCACGUAUAGACGCUCUGGAAGCGGAUCUAAAAGAUAUACAGCAACGCAUCGACGAACGACAUCAAGGCCAAGAAUAUGCGGCCCAGGCAACCGGCAGCGGGCGCCUGCCAAAUGAGUCCCGCAGAGACUAUCUCAUUCGGACUGGAAAGAUCACGCCGUUCUCAAAGAUGGGAUCGGGGACAAAUGAAGGUCCUCUGGCAAGCCUCCACGAUGCCCUGAUCGAUGCGGAGGAUGAACGCGAUGAGGUUGAGGCACUCGAGGAAGCCAAGAAUAGGGCUGCUGUGUCCCACCGCGACCUCCGCCUUCCCGGCCUUGGUUUUGAUGAGACUGAAACGAGUUUUGAAGAGGUUUCUCCAUUCGACCGUUCACAGAAACGGAGAAAGCUGCAACCGAAGGUCACACGAAAGGUUGUUGUGGGCAAAUCACCGGAGACAGAGAAGGCUGAUGAAGAACUGGAUGUACAAGUGAGCGACGAAGAUGAGUCCGCUGAUUAUGUUGACACGGGUGAGGCUGGAAUCCCAUCAGAGGAGGAUGAAGAAUAUGUUUCAGAGGAAGUCCAGAGACCGGGAAGGAAGCGAAAGCAACCCGUGAGCGACGAAUCUGUUGAAGAUCUCCGCGGUGUUGACGAUGGGAACGAGAAGAUCUACCAGUCUCGCCUGCAACAAUGGGUUCAGCGGAGGUCAGCCGCCCGUAAGCGUGCCAUCAACACUGGCAAGACUACUAUACCAGACACGGAUGAUGAUAGCCAGCAAGAAGAAUGGUUCAUGCCGCAUCCCACAGUGCCAGACGCAGAAUUCGAUGGCGGGUACCGGAUUCCUGGCGAUAUCUAUCCUUAUCUAUUCGACUACCAGAAGACUGGAGUCCAGUGGCUCUGGGAGUUGUACCAGCAGCAGGUUGGAGGAAUCAUCGGUGAUGAAAUGGGACUUGGAAAGACUAUCCAAGUCAUAUCAUUUUUGGCUGGUCUUCACCACAGCAAUAAGUUGACAAAACCAGUCAUCGUCGUAUGUCCUGCAACUGUUAUGAAGCAGUGGGUUAAUGAGUUCCAUCGCUGGUGGCCUCCCUUCCGCGUGUCCAUUCUGCACACCUCUGGCAGUGGCAUGAUCAACGUCAAAAGUGAAAGCAGCAGAGAAGAUCGGCUGACGUCCCAGAUGUGGGAUCCAACUCGCUCUCAUGCCGCUUCCAAGGGACAGAAAGCAGCAAGAAAGAUUGUCAAGCGUGUCAUUGAGGAUGGACAUGUUUUGGUGACCACUUAUUCCGGCCUUCAGACCUAUGCAUCUCAUCUGAUUUCUGUUGACUGGGGUUGCGCCGUCCUUGAUGAGGGACAUAAAAUCCGGAACCCCGACACUGCCAUUACGAUUCACUGCAAGGAGUUACGUACCCCGCAUCGCAUCAUCCUCUCCGGGACACCAAUGCAGAAUAAUCUGUCUGAACUAUGGUCAUUAUUCGACUUCGUUUUCCCGAUGCGUCUGGGGACAUUGGUAGAUUUCAGGAAUCAGUUCGAAUUUCCUAUCCGUCAGGGCGGUUAUGCGAAUGCGAGCAACUUGCAGGUGCAAACAGCUGCCAGAUGCGCGGAAACGCUCAAGGAUGCCAUCAGUCCAUAUCUCCUACAGCGGUUCAAAGUCGACGUUGCUGCUGACCUCCCAAAGAAGAGUGAACAGGUGCUGUUCUGCAAGCUAACAAAGCUGCAACGGAGAGCCUACGAAGCAUUUCUCGGUUCAGAGGAUAUGCAAUCGAUACUUAAUGGAAAAAGACAAGUCCUGUACGGGGUAGACAUUCUUCGCAAGAUUUGCAAUCACCCUGACCUCCAGAACCAUAAAAUGCUGUCUCAAAAAACCGACUAUGACUACGGUAACCCGUCAAAAUCCGGCAAGAUGCAGGUCGUCAAAGCCUUGCUUGAACUGUGGAGAGAUACUGGACACAAGACACUGUUGUUUGCGCAGCAUCGUAUAAUGCUGGAUAUUCUGGAAAAGUACAUCAAGGCCUUGUCUGGGUUUAACUAUCGUCGGAUGGACGGCAGCACUCCCAUUCAGCACAGACAAACUAUGGUUGACGAGUUCAACAAUGAUCCCAAUCUCCAUGUCUUUCUUCUCACCACCAAAGUGGGUGGUCUAGGGGUUAACCUGACCGGAGCUGAUCGCGUCAUCAUAUAUGACCCUGACUGGAACCCCUCCACUGAUGUCCAGGCCCGAGAGAGGGCAUGGAGAUUGGGUCAGAAGCGUGAGGUCACUAUCUACCGCUUGAUGACAACUGGUACUAUUGAGGAGAAGAUCUAUCAUCGUCAGAUUUUCAAGCAAUUCCUGACGAACAAGAUCCUCAAGGACCCGAAGCAGAGACAGACUUUCCAGAUGAGUGACUUACACGACUUGUUCUCGCUUGGUGAUGAAAAUCAGGGGCCCACCGAAACUAGUAAGCUCUUUAAAGAUGCAGAGGUCACUUACGACGAGAAUCGUCAGAGUACAUCUCAGGAACGGGCAGAGCCUAUUGCGGCCGAGAAUAAUCCUUCGGAUCUCCAGGACGAAAAGAGGGAUAUUAGCAAAGUUGUGGGGGUCGCUUCGAUGGAAAACUUCCAGGACGAACCUGCGCCGGGCACAAAUCCGGAAAAUCCAGGUACUUCAGCCUCCGAGGCACGUCUCAUGGAAGGUAUCUUCGCCCGUUCCGGUGUCCACUCUGCGCUUGAGCACGACCAGAUCGUCAAUGGUAAACGAGUUGUCAAGGCGGAUCCCAAGAUCAUCGAAGCGGAAGCCCGGAGAAUCGCCGCAGAAGCUGCUGCAGAACUGCGCAAGGCCGGUGAAGCUGCCAGGUCUGUCCCUAUCGGAACCCCAACAUGGACAGGUCAAUUCGGUGUCGCUGGAAGGCCAGAAGAACCUGCUUCCGUGCGACCAGCUUUUGGUGGAAGCAGCAGUAGCGCACGUCGGGCCAACGCUGGACCGUCUUCUGCCAGCAUUCUUGCGAAUCUGACAGCUCGUACUGGUGGAGGUCCGUCACGGAGCAGCAGCAACAGCCCUGCCCCAGCAGCAAGCGGAAGGGACUUCAUGACCAUGAUUCGAGACUACAUCAUUUCACAUGGUGGGUCAGUCUAUACUCAAAUGUUAAUUGACCAUUUUAAUCGGUUCUGCACGACUCCUCAGCGUUCUGCGGAAUUUAAGGAGAUGUUGAAGACGAUUGCAGUGCUGCAAAAGGGUGGCCGCAACGGCAGAGGGAAGUGGUCUCUGAAGCCAGAAUACGCGAAGAGGGGGUGAAUUAAUGCUAUGAUACCAUGUACCAAUAUUAUGUUCGUUGUUUUUUCUAUAUCGAGGCGAUUCUCGUAAAUGACCUAUUUCGAUGCAUUUCCCUCUUAUCCCUUCUUAUGAUUUACAGUGGUUCCAUAUUAUUAUUAUUUUCGAUAUUUCUAGUAAAAGUAAAUAUACUUGGCAUGAGUUCUCAAUUGGAAAUAGGGCUAUUGUAAGGCUCCUAGCCGCUGCUCGAACAUAGCG